GGGAAAGCGGAGCAGAAGAGCGAAACAUGGCGACAUCGAACAAUCCGCGGAAAUUUAGCGAGAAAAUCGCUUUACAUAAUCAGAAACAGGCAGAAGAGACAGCAGCAUUCGAGGAAGUGAUGAAAGAUUUGAGUAUGACCCGAGCAGCGAGGGUAAGCUUACAGAAGACCCAGUAUUUACAGUUGGGACAAAACCGUGGGCAGUAUUAUGGCGGAUCAUUGCCAAAUGUCAAUCAGAUUGGAAAUGGCACCAUUGACAUGCCUUUUCAGACUCCCUUUCAAGGUUCAGGUGACACCAGCAGGACAACACGGCAUCAUGGAUUGGUUGACAGAGUUUACCGGGACAGAAACCGCAUCACGUCCCUACACGGAAGGCCCCUCGACAAACAUGGACGCCAAAUUGAUAGCUCUCCAUAUGGCUCGGUGUAUCUGUCACCCCCACCCGACACCAGUUGGAGGAGGACAAACUCGGACUCUGCGUUGCAUCAGAGCACUUUGAACCCACAGGAUAUUUUUGCAGGAGGCUCACAGGACUUGCAGCUUAAACGAGUACUUCUGCUUCAUGUACCAGGGCCAGAAGACACAGAAUCAGAUAUGGACAAAGACGAACAAAAACAGAACUGGGAUGGCAAAAAGGUGAAGUGCACUCAGAUCUGGUCCAAGGUUCCAGGAAUCAACAUAUUCCCGUCUCCAGAUCAGGAGCUGACCGCGUCACUGAUGCCUUCAGCCCAAAACACGGGCGGCGGCUCCCUGCCUGAUCUGACCAACAUCCAGUUCCCCCCUCCGCUGCCCACCCCCCUGGACCCCGAGGACUCUGCCCUCAGCGCCUACAAUAGCACGGGAAACCUGGCCUCCAGCCACUCAUACAGCUUCAGCUCCAACAGCCAAGGACAGACCACCGCCCAGCAGGGCAGGCAGGACAACAACAUAGUCAACCAGGACUCCCACCAGCACCAGUCCCUACAGCUCUCCCCCACCCUGUCGCCACCCCUCACCCUCGCCCAGGUAGCGGAGACCAUAGACGCCAUGACACUGGAGGCACAGUUGUCCCAGUACGCGUUCUUCAGCCAGCCCUCUAAUCAACAACAGCAGCAGCAGCAGACCACUCAAGGACUGACCAGGCUGGUCCAGCUCCCCUCCCCUCUGAACACCUCUUCCAGCCAGACACAAAACUCCAUGGAUAUGAACUCGUACCGCAGUAGGGCUGGGUCUUCGGCCAAUCAGUCUCCAACAUCUCCAGUCUCCAAUCAAGGCUUCUCACCUGGAGGCUCGCCUCAACACCACUCCAUAUUGGGUAGUGUAUUUGCUGACUUCUAUGACCAGCAACUCACAUCCAGACAGACCAGUGCUCUCUCCCAAAAGCUGGAGCAGUUCAACAUGACAGACAAUAACAGUCUGUAUGGCCAGGGCUCCACCCUCAACUACUCCCAAGCAGCCAUGAUAGGUUUGAUGGGUAGCCACGGCAACCUGCAAGACUCCCAGCAGCUGGGCUACAGUAGCCAUGGCAACAUCCCCAACAUCAUUCUCACAGCCACCGGAGAGUCACCACCCAGACUGUCCAAGGGGAUGUCUUACAGCUCUCUGUCGGCUGACAUCAGCUUCGACGCAGACUCUCAGUUUCCCUUGGACGAGCUGAAGAUCGACCCUCUGACCCUGGAUGGGCUGUACAUGCUCAACGAUCCUGACAUGGUCCUCACUGACCCCGCCACGGAAGACGCCUUUCGGAUGGACCGGCUUUAGAGCCGCUGCCAAGUUGACCGACUGUCUCGGAGGAACCCGGCCUGAGGGGAGAGGGAUAUUUUGGGAGUGUGGUAGCUCGUGGCUAGGCCCCAGCUGUGCAGUGUAUUCAUCCCACACUCCCACCUCCCUU